GGUUGAACGAUUGUCCUCAUAUUACAUGACGCAUAUCUGCAUUGUUGCUGACAGUGAGUAAUAAGAAGAUUAACGCAAUCUCUCUCCUACGAAAUAGCUCUGUUCCGAACGCACAAGCACUGUAUGCACAUAUCGAGACGAGGCGAAACGAUGAAAGCGUGUCGAUUGAAAAGAGACAAAGGAUGGAUUUGACAGGACGGAAGAUCCCACGAGGCUGACAUUUGACAUUACGCAUACUUCAGCAUCGAACGUACCGAUUGGUUAUCGGAUGGAGAAUUUCCGGAUUCCCUAUUGGGAUUCUAGAAAUUCUCUAUUCAACAGCCAAUUAGUAAUGUCCGAGAAACGAAUGUCACGUCAGUCCGAGGAUCGAAUUCCGUUUUUAACCUAGAAAAAGAAAAAUCUGUAUUUUGUUAAUUUAUUGUUUUGAAUCGCUCCACGUGGAAAAACUUAGAGUAGAUUAAUUUGUAUGCCAUUUCCAACAGUCUCUAAUAAUGUGUAUAUAUUUCUACAGACGAUUCGUUCACAGAUAAGAUUACCUCUAUGUCUAUCGAUUGAAAAAAAUUGCGACUUGUACCAAUAAGUAUUGAAAUAAACAUUCGCAACAGUAUCAUGACUCGCAAAUGUGCAUUGUGUAAAGAAAGCAAUUAUAAGAGGAACAAUUAUAGUUUCUUCUCGGCGCCUAAAGAUGCAGAAACACGCAGGAAAUGGCAAAAUGCACUUGCCAUUAAAAAUUACACUGUCACAGAUGACACAUAUGUAUGUAGCAGACAUUUUCACAAGAAUGAUAUUAUUACGCAUUGGAUCAGUGGGGUACCACCACAAGUAAUAAAGAUCAAGUACAAGAAAUGUCGAUUGCGUCCAGGAGCUGUACCAAGUAAAAAUUUCCAUUCAGUUAGUAAUUUGCAAUUAAAAGAUAAAGAUAGUUUAAAUCGACAUAAAGUAGGUAUCAAGAAUUUGACAUCUAGAAAACAAGUGUCGGAAGAAAAAGAGAUCUUUUUAAUUCCUAGAAUAGAAAAAAAUCUGAGUGACAAUGAAGAUGCAGAAAAUAAAAAUACUAAUGUGCAUUAUCACACUUGUUCUAAAUCACAAGAUUAUAUAUAUAACUCGGAAGAAAAUGAUGAUUUGUAUACUCAAUUAUCAAAAGACAUGGAUAAGGAAGACGGAGAUGUCUCUAUGCAUAAUUCAAAAUUUAUAAAAAAAUCUGAGAUAAAAGAAUUGGAAAAAGUUGAAACACUCAGACGCGAUAACAGCUCCAGUCCAGAUUUCAUAGAAAAAACUGAAUCUAUGAAUGUAGAUAAAAAAAAUAAUUCAAUAUCUAACAAAUUAACUUCCAUAAAAACGUUUAAUAAAGUGAGAAAAUGUAGCAUCAAAAAAUAUAACUUGAAGAAGAAUUCUUAUUCUUCUGAAGAAGAUAGGACAUCGGUAGGAACUUCAGAGUACGAUGUCGAUUCCGCGCAUUCUUCGAAAGAGAAACCUAAUGAUUUGUACAUAAAUAAUUCAGAAUUAGUUACUUUGAAUUAUGAUUGUUUAGAUAUACAGGAUAAAGAAGCAUUCGAUGAAGUUGACGAGAAUGAGCUAUUGUUUGAAGAUUUUCUUGAAGUAUAUACAGAAGUAUCUAUACCACGUGGUUGGUCUUCCUUGGUAACAUCAAAAGGACACGCCAUCACAGUGGUGUACCUUUGUAUGGGAAUAACGAUCGAUGGAUUGCCUUUUGUAGAGAAACAAGUUUUCAUAAGGAGCGAUAUGAUGUUACGUUGUGCAGCAGCUAAUAAAGAAAUCGAUCCAUUUAUCCACAAUCUCGUGAGAGAGAGGAAACAUAGCAAAGUGAGGCGCUUAUGGGAUAUAGAAAUAUUUAUCGAUGAAUUCGAUCAACGAGAUAUUUGUCAAGGCAUAUGCGAUCCUAAAGCUUAUGAACAUUUCGAUACAAUCAAAGUUGCAUACAAGGAUGGAAUUAGAUGGAGAGACGUCUCUUGUCCAUUGAUUGUAAAUAACGAUUCAUCCAGAUGUACAAAAUGCGCCAUCUUAUCACACAUGUUACAUAAAUCUUAAAAAUUUUAUAUAAAGAAUCUUGGAGUGAGAGUGUAAGAUGAGGAUUUCUAGAUAGUAAUUAAAAUAAAAUAAGAAUUAAGAAGAAAUUCUAAAAUAAGCUUAAA